CUGCUAGAAAAAGGGUGGUGGACUUCCCACUGACCACAGUUGCCAAGAAUGAGGCUAAGGCGGAGUUUGCACGACGUGGUUGCAUCCCAGGCGUGCUGGCGUGUGUCGACGGCACGUUGGUCGCCAUUCGCAAGCCAGAGGGAUACAGCCUGGCCGACACGGCGAGUUUCAUGUCCAGAAAGGGCUAUUAUGCCCUGAACGUCAUGAUCGUGUGCAACGCGCGGCUGCGCAUCCUUGUUGUGGACCCACGAUUUCCAGGUUCGUGCCACGACUCCUGGGUUUGGGAACACAACCCUUUGCGUGCACGCCUAGCUGCACAGCUGCAGCCUGGCGAAUAUCUGCUUGGAGACGCAGGGUAUCCCCUCGAGCCAUGGCUCCUCACUCCAGUCCCUGGCAGUCACCCCGGCAACACUUCCGAAGGCCGAUUCAACAAGGAGCACGCAUUCAUGCGCAAUGUUGUGGAAAGAUGUAUCGGAGUGUUGAAGAGCAAGUUCCUCUGCUUGCAGCACUUUCGAACGAUGCUCUACAACCCCGAUCGAGCAGGGCGAAUUAUUUAUGCUUGCGCUGCUCUCCACAACAUUGCAUUGGAUGCGGGGGACUGGAGCUUGAAUGAGUAUGUUGGAGACAUGCCACCAGCUGAGGAUGACGAUGGGGAGCCAGGAGAGAGCCAUAUGCUCACACCGCGCAACGUGCUGCUCAGAGGACAGCAGCAGCGCAGUGCUGUCGUGGGCCUUUUUUGAAGUGCACAGGAGCGAGGGCCCUCAGCCUUGGCCAAAGAUUGGACCGCCUGCAGGAUGCUCUCCUGCAACGCUGCCGCCCGCUCCUGCGCUGCUGCCGCCCGCUGCUGUGCUGCUGCCAUACGCCGCUCUAGAGAAGUGAUGUGGGUGGCUGACCUUUUGAUCCCCCGCACCACCUGCAAUGAAUCAUCAUGGUGGAAAUGUUUGCAUGAGCUGCUGAAGAACUCUCGACCAUCUCGUGGCUCGAAGCUGCUGCUGCUGAGAAUUGUAACGUGCACAACCAUUUCCCCUCAGUUGAAAAUUCAUUGGCCUGGUGGCAUCCUUUGAAAGUGUGAAGCUUCGUGUACAAGCUAUGCCCUCUUCGUUUGGAUCAACAAACAAUUGCUGGAACUAUUCUUCAUUCAUCUCCUCAAAUGCAUCUCUUACCAUCAAACAGCCCUUUUCAGGGCUAACCAACCUUUUGCCCGGCAGUUUAUCAUUGCAGAUGUCAGAUACCGUGCCCUCAAUGCAAUGCAUGUUUCUUAUUUACAGCCGAAGUUGGUAUCAGUCAUCAUAACAGAGCAUCAAAAAUGUUCACACCCUUUACGUAAAAUGUAAACAAACGGUCUACUCACAUCAAGCAACUGCUUGUUCUGCUCGAGGCUCUGGUCGCACUACGAAGACACCCGCAACAAGGUGUUGGCGCGCCGUGGCCUCUGUCGACGGCGAGGCCGCACAGGAGGCUGAGACACUGAAAACAUGCAGCAUUUUUGUCACCGCAUGCUGUGGUAGGCUUUAAGUCUAUGGCCAUGUUGUGGAUAAUUGGACAAUUUGAAUAACAUACGAGAGGUUAUUUUCUCAAAACACUUUGAUGAUCAAUAACUUACCCGGUGUAGCGGGCGCGCUUUCAGAGUAACUUGGGGGGCCUUCUGUGGAGUAAAGAAUAAAAGUUCACGAACUGGGGGCACAUACGUCCCAUAAUCAAUAAAACACUAAGUUCUCAGAUG